AACCCUUUUGUUUUUGGGCGCUCUCUCUGUUUUUGACUGUUUCCCUUCAUUGGGUAUGCAUAUCCAAUCCAUGUUUCUUUGAAUUUCUUUCAAAACAUUACAAUUUUUUUCUUUUCGAUCGUAGGGAACUACUUGUCGGGCUGGUUUUUGUGUUCGUUUGUCUGUGUUAAUGGAGCUUUGGACUCCAUUUUUCCAUAUGGGUAUCUGAAACCCUCCAAUUUUUACCAUAUUUUCCCUCCUGUUCGUUGUUUUGCUCUCUGUAUCUCUCGCUUUUGUAGUUGAAAAAAGCUUUGGAAAAGUGUGAGUGUUGUUUAUUCAAUGGCGAGGAGUAGCGGAUUCUCAUUUGAAUGGUCUCUCAUUCCCAUUACGAACCAAAUUCUUUAGUUAGUUGUUGCUUCCCAUUUGUGAUUCUUUUGCGUCUUCCCACUGAAGAUUUCCCCCACUGAAACCUCCUCCAAUGAAUCCAUGGCCACGCAUCCUUCCACUUGAGGAAUUUCUUCAAUAGCUUCUUCUUCUUCUAGCUUCGAGAUUCGAAUAUUUCUCAAACGGGGCUGAUAAAUUUUAAUCGCAAAAUUUGUAGGAAUUGAAUGAAGCCCUGUUUCGAAUUUUGUUCUUCGAAUGGGGAAGAAAAGACAUAGCGUUAAGGUUGUGAUUAUACUGCUAUUCAUGUUCUCCUUGCACUAUUUCUCCGACGCUAAAUGUCAGGAAAGAACAAGCCAACACCUCGCCUCUUCGGGACCGCCAUUACCAACAAACUCUCCACGGUUAAAAAAUGGCGUCCGAAGAAUCAUUUUCAGUGUGCUGUUGGGGUUAGUUACAGGGUUAAUGGGUUCGAUUCUUUUCGCUUGUUUAAUCCGCAGCUUCGUUCGAUACCUAAACAAAACCCCAAUUCUGAAAGGCCCCGUGAUAUUUUCCCCCAUAAUCGACCCCAAAACCCUCCACCAUGCCCUCAAAAACGAAAAUCAGCUUCUGGGUUCCAACCCUCAUGGGAAGUACUACAGAACCGUUCUGGACAAUGGGUUAACCAUCGCCGUGAAGCGGCUAGAAGGGUUCGAGAACACGGCAGCUGCGGCGGCGAGGAAGUCAGAGAAGAGGCGGACGCAGCAACAGCUUGAGAGGCUGGCCAAGCUGAGGCAUAGGAAUCUGAUGAGCUUAAGAGCUUAUGUUGGGGACGGGGAAGGGAUGUGGUUGGUUUAUGAUUAUGUGGGAACAGGGAGCCUUGAGGAUGUGAUGAACAGAGCGAGGGGGAGUGAGGUGAGGUUGGCGUGGGAAGCAAGGCUUGGGAUUGCUGUUGGGAUUAUAAAGGGUCUUCAGUAUCUUCAUUUUGAGUGUGAUCCUCAGAUUCUUCACUAUAAUUUGAAGCCUUCGAAUGUCAUGUUGGAUGCUGAGUUUGAGCCAAGGCUAGCUGAUUGUGGCUUGUUUAAGUUGUUCUCUAACUUGGACAUGGCUGCUACCUCUGCCUAUGCCUCCCCUGAGUGCUUACAGGACUGCAGUUUUAACAGGUAUACCGACAAGAGUGACAUCUUCAGCUUUGGGAUGAUUUUGGCUGUUCUACUAACAGGUAGAGAUCCGACAGAUCCGUUCUUCGGAGAAGCAGCAAGCGGAGGAAGCUUAGGUCAGUGGCUACGACACUUGCAGCUCGCCGGGGAGGCUCGAGAAGCUCUGGAUAAGAACAUCAUAGGGGAAGAAGGGGAAGAAGAUGAAAUGAUAAUGGCUGUGAAGAUAGCUGUUGUGUGCUUAUCAGAUCAGCCAGCAGACAGGCCUUCCAGUGAUGAGUUGGUACACAUGCUAACCCAAUUGCACAGUUUCUGAACACUUCAAGUAGCUUAUUACUGUAAAGUGGUGUGAUCUGUCUGUUAAUGAUGUAAAGAUGAAGCUUUUGUGCAAAGGAAAUUCCAUUUUGAGAGUAUGAUUGUUUG